CACCGAAAUACCAAAAACGCCCUCGUGGAUUCUCCACAAAUCCUGGACUGUCACUGUUACGGUCAACCCCAUUUGAAACCCCCCAAAAACGCUGUCAUUUUUUCGCUCCGUUUCUUCCUCCGACUCUUCCUUCAUGUACUCCAACUAUGCCAGGCUUCGAAAAAGAGCGUCGUAUUCCGAGCGCCCAGCGGAGCCGCCGAAACGUGAAGAAAUCGCUGCUGUUUCGGAUGGAAACGCUGGCAUUUCGGGUGAAAAAACCGGUGAGGAGAAUGCUUGGUUUUCAGGUCCACGGGUCAAGGUCCGGUGGCUUGUGGUGAUUUGCUUGGCGAUUGUGAUCGCAUCUUUUAGUUCUUUGGUGCACAAGAAUUUCUCUUUACAGGAGCAGGUGUCGAAGCGAAUACUAGAUUACAAGCUUGCAAUUUGUCGGAUUCCAUCGAUGUCAGUAGCUCCAUAUCAGAUGCGAGUGACCAGCUCCCGAGCAAAGGCCUAAAAAACUUGGCUA